AAGUCACAAAAAUACUGCUUCUGUACCUCAGUAUCAUCUGUUCUGUCUCAUCUGUCAUAAGGUCUGUUAUGAAGUGAAGCUAUAAACAGAUCAGCUGGGUUAGGGUUAGGUCCUGUGGACAGUGACAGGAAGCAGCCAGCAGGUGGCAGCACAUCAUCAUAACAGUAGUGGGAUAGUCAUGAAAACAGAUUGAUAUGACAGCGUGUGAUUGGUUGACCCUGAGGGAGAAUGGUGUGUAGUCCAUACAUGUUGAUCUGUUUUUCAUCAUCAACCUAGCAUGAAAAUUAAAAGAUGUUUAACUUUAACACAGGAUAGUUCAAGUGUAAUAAAUGUGAGGAUUUUUCCAAACAUGAAGUGAGCUGGAUUUUAGGAGAAUACACUACUUUAAAGAAACUCAGAGUCAUCUGUAGAUCACUCCCAAUUUCCCAAGAUUAUUUAAGCACCGGAAAACAAGUGAGCAGUGUUUUCAAAUGAGACCUCAUUGUGGAAAAGGAGUUAAAUACACAGUAUCUCUCACUGGCCACUCCUUUUCCUUGUUGAUAACUCCUCCCUCUACUCUCAUAACACAACAAACUCCACUCUGUCCACAUAUUUCCUUGUUCCCUCCCCUUCAGAUCUACAGUUUGAAGAUGGGUGUAACCAACACGUGGUGAGCGGCCAGGCUACAUUUAGUGAAGCAGCACAUGCUGUUUAGAUCAGAGAUCAAAUUAGUUUCACUUCUCAGUAAGUGAAACUCAGACAGUCAUUGUUACUGAGAGCUGAAAUGGCGCAGCAAGGACCUCAGCUGGACCGAGAAAACUUUUCUUGUUCAAUCUGUCUGGAUUUACUGAAGGAUCCGGUGACUAUUCCCUGUGGACACAGCUACUGCAUGAGCUGUAUUAAAAACUUCUGGGAUGAAGAGGAUAAGAAGGAAAUCUACAGCUGUCCUCAGUGCAGACAGACCUUCACACCGAGGCCUGUCCUGAUGAAAAACACCAUGUUAGCAGCUUUAGUGGAGCAGCUGAAGAAGAGUGGACUCCAAGCUGCUGCUACUGAUUUCUGCUAUGCUGGACCUGAAGAUGUGGCCUGUGAUUUCUGCACUGGGAAGAAGUUCAAAGCCUUAAAGUCCUGUUUGGUGUGUCUCGUCUCAUAUUGUGAGAAACACCUCCAGCCUCAUUAUGAAUCAACAAAAUUUAAAAAACACAAGCUGGUCGACCCCUCAGAGAAGCUCCAGGAGAACAUCUGCUCUCGUCAUGAUGAGGUGAUGAAGAUGUUCUGCCGCACUGAUCAGCAGAUUAUCUGUUAUCUCUGCCCUGUGGAUGAACAUAAAGGCCACGACACAGUCUCAGCUGCAGCAGAAAGGACUGAGAGGCAAGGAGAGCUCGAGGUGAGUCGACUAAACGUCCAGCAGAGAAUCCAGGACAGAGAGAAAGAUGUGAAGCUGCUUCAACAGGAGGUGGAGGCCGUCAGUCUCUCUGCUGAUAAAGCAGUGGAGGACAGUGAGAAGAUCUUCACUGAGCUGAUCCAUCUCCUCCAGAAAAGAAGCUCUGAUGUGAAGCAGCAGAUCAGAUCCCAGCAGGAAACUGAAGUGAGUCGAGUCAAAGAGCUUCAGGAGAAGCUGCAGCAGGAGAUCACUGAGCUGAAGAGGAAAGAUGCUGAACUGAAGCAGCUCUCACACACAGAGGAUCACAACCAGUUUCUACAAAACUACCCCUCAGUGUCACAACUCAGUGAACCUACAGACUCAUCCAGCAUCAAUAUCCGUCCUCUGGAAUACUUUGAGGAUGUGACAGCAGCUGUGUCACAGCUCAGAGAUAAACUACAGGACAUCCUGAAGGAGGAAUGGACAAACAUCUCACUGACAGUGACUGAAGUCGACGUUUUACUGUCAGAUUCUAAAUCAGAGCCCAAGACCAGAGCUGGAUUCUUAAAAUAUUCAUGUGUAAUCACACUGGAUCCAAAUACUGCAUACACAAGCGUGUUAUUACAUGAGGGUAACAGAAAAGCAGAAGUAAUGGCACAACAACAGUCUUAUUCUGAUCACCCAGAAAGAUUCACUAAUUAUAAUCAGGUCCUGAGUAGAGAGAGUCUGACUGGACGUUGUUACUGGGAGGUGAAGUGGAGAGGAAGUAGAAUUCGUGUAGCAGUCGCAUACAAGAAUAUCAAGAGAGCAGGAGCCGCAUAUGAACGUCUAUUUGGAAACAAUGACAAAUCUUGGGCUUUAAGAUGUGCCACUGACAGUUAUGAAUUCUGGUUCAAAAAUAUUAAAACUCCUGUCUCAGGUCCUCGUUCAAAAAGAUUCGGAGUGUACCUGGAUCACAGAGCAGGUAUUCUGUCCUUCUACAGCGUCUCUGAAACCAUGACUCUCCUCCACAGAGUCCAGACCACAUUCACUCAGCCUCUCUAUGCUGGAGUUUGGCUUAAUUCUGCUGGAGACACAGCUGAGGUUUGUGAACUCAAAUAGAGGGAAGUCAUUAAAGACUUCAUUUGUCAGAUUCUGUGUUGUAAUUCUUAAUUUUUUGUCUCCAUGUUUCUGAACUGCGCAAAGAUCAGCUGUCAAAUGGUUGUCAAUAUUUUUUUCCGUUUAAUUUGUUUUGGUCUGUUAAUGUUUUGCGUUUCUUUAAAAUUCACGUUUUCACUUUUUACCAAUGGAGGCUAUCACUGAUCAUGAUGAUGUUGUUGUUCUAAAUGUUAGUUUCAUUUUUGUAUUGAUGUAUUAAGAAAUAACUGAACUUUCUUCAUCAUUGAUAUUUUGUUCUCAUCAUUUAGUACAUUUAUAAAGAAUUCUAAAAAAAAAUUU